UUGCAGUGACGUAGCUCUCUGUAUUCUUGUCCUCCAUCCCCAUCAUAACACUCGCCGUUAAUCCAGAUUAUAGACCACUAAUACUACGUUUAUGCGGCUUUAAAUAUAAAAUGAAAAUAUCAUAAAAGAAGACGUCAGAUAGCAAGGGGGUUGGCGAACAUGGGAGGGAAUGAUGAAGAAAUGUCAAACCAUCCGGUCAGUAAGCAACGCACAGAUGAGAACGAAAAGAACCAGCGCAAUAGCCAGGAGCACUCGGGCAACAGCGCCAAAUGGGUGAAGGAGGGCCGAAACCAACAGCGCAAAGUGGCGGAGAAGCACCAGGACCCCAACCACAACGACGAGAAUCUAAACUGGAACGAGGACGGCUCCGUAAACCAAAACAAUCAGGAUGAGGUGCAGGGCAAUGAGGAUCAGACGACCACCACCACCACCACCACACCCUCAGCCAAAACACUGCGCUCCCUUCGCCUGGACCUCGACGUCGAGUCCAAGAACAUCCUAAACGAACCUCUCAUCAUCGAGUCCCUUGAGGGGGAGAAGGGCAAAGAGAAAGACAAGGAUGAUAAAGUAGAGGAAUCCAAUAGGGAUGAGGAGAAAGAUGUGUCGGUGUCUAGUCAGGAGGAGAAAGAUGACAUGUCCCCACCUGAUGUAGAGGAGGAUGGAGAGGAUGUGGAAGAUGGAGAGGAGGGCCUCGCUGGCCAAGACACCUGUCAACUGUUCUCCAACAUGAAUGCAACCCCCAGCGAGGAGGACUCCAGCUGGGCAACCCUGUCACAGGACAACAGUGGUGCAGACAAAUCUCCCAAUGGCAACGGUGAAUCAAUCUGGGACUCCAAUGCUUUCGAGACGGACAGUGACCUGCCAUCGGGGUGGAUGCGCAUCCGGGACACCUCAGGGACGUACUACUGGCACAUUCCCACCGGCACCACUCAGUGGGACCCCCCCUUGCCCUCCGACAAGGCGGAGGAGUCCACCAUGUCUUCCAGCAUGUCUCUCGAGACCACUCCCUGUGAGGAGGAACCAGAGAUCACUUGGGGGACCUCCACGCGUCCUAACAUAUUCGAUGAGGAGGAGCCUUGGAAGGAGGAAGAAGUCACAUCGGAUGAGAGUCUGAAGGAGUUUGAGGGAGCCACUCUUCGCUAUGCAUCUAUCAACCUGAAUUGCUCCCAGACUGAGGAAGGCGAGAAAUCUGCUGCGCUCUGCACAAACCUGGAGGCUAAGUGUUUCGCCGUGCGCUCGCUUGGCUGGGUGGAGAUGUCCGAAGAGGAAAUGGCCCCGGGACGCAGCAGCGUGGCCGUCAACAACUGCAUUCGACAGCUCUCCUACCACAAGCAUAACCUGCACGACACCGCCGGCAUCUGGGGAGAGGGCAAGGACAUGUUGAUGGUGCUGGAGAACGAGCACAUGAACCUGAUCGACCCUCUGAGCCAGACCCUGCUGCACACCCAGCCCAUCGUCAGCAUCCGAGUCUGGGGGGUGGGCCGCGACAACGGCAGGGAUUUCGCCUACGUGGCUCGUGACAACCUGACCCAGGUGCUGAAGUGCCAUGUGUUCCGCUGUGACACCCCUGCCAAACACAUCGCCACCAGCCUGCAUGACCUGUGCUCUAAGAUCAUGGCGGAGAGGAGAAGCUCCAAGCAUGGCCUGCACCGCCUCAACUCCGACUCCUGCACCAUGGGAGCCAUAUCUGUGCAAGAAUUCCCCGUGCCCAAAAACGAACUCGUCCAACGUUUCAACGUCAACUACCUUGGCUGUGUGCCUGUGGCCAAGCCAAUAGGUAAGGAACGCUUUGGCAUGGACACCAUCAACGAUGCCCUGCAGACUGCCAUGGAGACCAAGGAGAGGCACGAAUGGACACCUGUGUCGGUGGACGUGGCUCCAGCCACACUCACCAUCUCAAAACAAGAGACGGAGGAGGUGCUGAGUGAGUGCCGCGUGCGUUUCCUGUCCUUCAUGGGCGUGGGUCGAGACGUGCACACCUUCGCUUUCAUCAUGGCGGAGGGCCCCGGCGACUUUGUGUGCCACAUGUUCUGGUGCCACCCCAACGCCGCCAGCCUCAGCGAGGCCGUGCAAGCCGCCUGCAUGCUGCGCUAUCAGAAGUGUUUGGACGCGCGCCCCCCCAGCCUCGGCUCCUGCCUUCCCACUCCCCCGGCAGACUCGGUGGCGCGCCGCGUCAGGAAGGGAAUGCAGACCCUACUGGGCAGCUUCAUGCAUUACUCCUCCAACACACAGUCUCCUUAAAACACACACACACACACACACACACACACACACACACACACACACACACACACACACACACACACACACACACACACACACACACACACACACACACACACACAGGUGUAGACACAUACACACGUACCCACAUAUGUACAAAUACGUAUACGCAUAAUAUAGGUCUCUACACACUUAAGGUAUGGUCACACCAACACGUAAACUCACACGUAAAUACACAGACACAAGUGCACACAGUCAUACUGUAUGUAGUGAAAGGAAGGGCCAACUCCGUAGCUGAAAGCUCACUUACCAUCUAGCCACAUGUAAUUGUGUAGCUGCUCUGUGUGUCUCUAUUUGGGAAUGUCAUUUAUCUGUGCAGUUCAAAAAUAUUUAGCCAUCAGAAUGUUCACGUCAGCCUGUUUUAUGUAUUUGACAAAAGAUUACAGUCUACUGUUCGCACUGGAAUGAAUAGAUGGUAAUUGAGCAUUCAAAAUUGGGUCGGCCCUUUUGUAAAAAAGAAGUUCACAUACAGGCAUACAAAAAGAGAAAUCUAUUAUAUAUAAAUAUAUAUACUUUUUAACACAUAGAGUAGGUAACUAGAAUAAGAAGACUCGCGUACAAGACACAGUACUUGCACACACAUCAGACAGACACACACACCCACACACACACACUCUCUAAGCAGCUCAUCUCGGCUGUCCAAGCCUCUUUGUAAUAAUGCAUGACUCGGUGGCGCUAAUAGUCUCUGGCACUUCGAAAAUUUGUUUAGCUCUUUAUUUUUUUAAUCAGGUGCAGCAAAUGAAUCUAUUUUGACCAUGGGGGAUAUUGACCAUGUAGUAGUUGUUAGCUUUUCGGGGUUGUUUAAUCAUGAAAAUGUUUACAUUAUUUGUGUUCGGUUGUACCCAUGGGUAUCCAUGUGGUACCUUUUUUGUUUGUUUGUUUGUUUGUUUUAUGGUUACCUUACCUUUUUGCUGUUUUCGAUUGUUCUCUUGCAUCUCAGCACUUUGAUUUUUUUUUUAUCACUACAUUUGAAAAGUGAUGUUUAGUAAUAGAACAUUAGUAUGCAAUUGUAUUUCAGAUAUUUCCGUUGGGGAAGUUAGCCACGAAACUAGUCAAAAGCAAGUGAAUGAGCCACCGUGUUUAACACCAAAACAAAUGUUAACACCACACGUUUCACCGUUAAGAAAUAAGUUGAUAAUGAUUAAUGUGUAGACUCUAGUGCGUCAUGGUGUUAGACCGUAGAUGAAGAACCAUUAUGUCUCUCUGUACUGUACCUUGUAAUGCACUCGUCUCCAAAAUCACAAUAAGUCUUUAUCAGAAGCGCCAUGUUUGUGAUUUAGCAUAGAGCUUUGUGUCGACUCGACAAAGAGAAAGUACCGGUAGUAAAAUGCACUUAGUUUUUAAACGGUUAACUGAAGAAUGUGUCCCAAGUCCUCCAAAGACACUUUGUAAUGUAAUGUAUAGAUGGAUGGAAGGGGGGACUUAAGAACAACAAAGCCCAAACACAGAACAUCCACCGAAAAGGCAGAUGUUUCACCUGACUUGGUGCUUUCUUUUAAGUUUUUGCAUGAACGAGGAGCAGUCAGUCAGGUCGUCGCAGUACUUGUGUACAAAAAUAAGCAGACCCCGCUGACCUCUAGUGGAUAAGUUCAGAGCUUUGGGGUGAGGGGGUAGAGGAGAGGAGAGGAGAGCGAAAGGCGCCAGAAACAGGAAUCAGCUGGAGGGUAAACUGGUGCUUCUCUACAAGACUGUGUCUCUCCUCCCCAAACCUCCCUCUCCAAAAGCGCUUCACAAGUCUUGUGUCACUCACCCUCCACCCUUUCAUUCCCACCCUGAACGAGAAGUCUGUUUGUGUCAUAAACCGCCUCCUCCCCAAACCACCUACUUCUAAAGAUUUAUCACAGCUGUGUGUGGGUCUGCACCACCCAACCAACCCCUUAACUACUCACCCCUAGAGAUUUAUAAAUCCCCUAGGCAUAUGCUGUGUCGACAUACACACAGUAUGUCCAUGUGAACCCCACUCCUGGCCAGAGUUGUAUACAGUAGAAGUAGAAGUACUCUUACAAAUGUAAUUACUACAAGGUUUGAACUAUGUAAUAUCACACUACUAGUGUUGUAAUUACAUCUGUAAGAGUACUUCUUCUUCUUCAUACAACUCUGCUCACGACAGGCCUAUGUGUGUUAUCCACUUUUCCCAUCUGUGUUGGCUGGCAAUCCCACCGCCCCCAUAGUGUGAAAGUCAGAGUCCCCCUAGUGGCCGAGUGGGGAGUCACAGCCACAGCGGGAGUUCAGUUUUGCUUACAUGUACGAAGCUGCAUGUCAGGCGUGUACAGUGGUAAGUAGCGCUGUCACGCCAGUCCACACUCUGCAUGUUUUAAAAAAUAACCUUUAGAGUAAUAAUGACAUGUAAGUGCUGACGUGACGCUAAAAGUGAGAGUCACACCACUGUCAAUGCCAGCAGUUACACCUCAGUCCUCAGAGCCCCGAUGGCAGGCGAACUCUGAGGGCCUGGAGUAUGUGUACUAGAGUAGUGUGUGUGUGUGUGUGUGUGUGUGUGUGUGUGUGUGUGUGUUUAUGCCUGUGUGUCUACAGUGUGUCAGAGAAUGCUUUGUGUGUGUGUAUGUGUGUGUGUG